AUGAAAUUUGCCGAUCAUGCUAUCGAAAGAGGUGCUCCAUGGGGUCUUGCCCGUAUAUCUCACCGCUCAAGAUUAACAUUCUCCACAUUCAACAAAUAUGAAUAUGCCGAAGGAGCUGGGGAAGGUGUCGACGCCUACGUGAUAGAUACUGGAACGUACAUCAAACACGGAGAUGUAGACGCUGAUGCAAAUGGCCACGGGACUCACUGUUCUGGUACCAUAGCUGGAAAGAAAUAUGGUGUAGCUAAAAAGGCCAAAAUUAUCGCUGUCAAGGUCCUCGACUCCAAUGGAUCCGGUACUAUGUCUGAUGUCAUCAAGGGUGUUGACUGGGCUACAAAUUCACAUGUCGAGAAGGUCAAGAACAUGUCUCUGGGUGGAGGCAAAUCUCGAGCACUCGACCUCGCCGUAAAUGGGGCAGUAUCAGCAGGUCUCCACUUCGCCGUGGCUGCUGGAAAUGACAAUGAUGAUGCUUGUAAGUACUCUCCGGCUUCUGCUCAACAAGCCAUUACAGUUGGAGCCUCAACUUUGUCCGAUUCGAGGGCUUAUUUCUCCAACCACGGACAAUGUGUUGAUGUUUUUGCUCCCGGCUUGAAUGUUCUUUCUACAUGGAAAGGAAGCAGAGAUGCUGUUAAUACGAUAUCCGGUACAUCUAUGGCAUCCCCACACGUCGCUGGACUCAUGGCAUAUUAUUUGUCUCUCCAACCCGAAGCGGAUUCUGACUUUGCUACUACAAUGCUCUCUCCGCAAGAGCUGAAGAAUGAUAUAAUCGCCGCCAGCACAAGGGAGAUGUUGGAAGAUUUGCCCCCAAAUACUCCUAAUUAUUUGAUUUGGAACGGCGGAGGUUUGUCUAACCUCUCUGCAAUUGUCAAGACAGUUGACCGCUCCUACGAUGAAUUCAUUUCAGAGGAAAACACUUCCACUAUGGAGUCUUUCAAGGAAUAUUUCGAAGAAGAAAUUGACUUUUUGUCGGAGAAUAUUGGUGACAAGGUUGAAGAAGCAAUAAACGAAGCUGAAGCUGUUUCCAGGGAGAUAGCUGAUGCCGUUAGCCUGAGUUUACACGAGCUUUGCGAUGAAUUUGGAGUCUAA